CUUCUAAUUUCUAAACAAAAACCAUGUCUCCUUCUCCGUUGCUUGGUCCACCAGAGCUCAGAGAUCCCAACUCUCUCCUCCCAAAACCCAUCACAACUUCCGGUCCCAGCAACCCUUUCAUGGACGCUAUGGUCUCAAACUUCAACAACUCAACUAGAGUCAACUCCAUCUCUUCUCCUCCGAUGGGCUACACCGAGAAUAAUUCCGCCACACACCUCUCCUCAGGCAACCCCUGCCUCGACUUCUUCUUCCACGUUGUUCCAAGCACGCCUAAAGACUCUCUGGAGCAAAGGUUACAGGGAGCUUGGGACCAUGACGCCUUGACCACCCUCAAACUUAUCUGUAACCUUCGUGGAGUCCGUGGCACCGGAAAAUCCGACAAGGAAGGGUUUUACACGGCGGCUUUAUGGCUCCAUGGUCGUCAUCCCAAAACUCUAGCUUGUAACCUCGAGUCCCUCUCUCAAUUUGGAUACUUUAAAGAUUUCCCAGAGAUUCUUUACCGGAUUCUACAAGGAUCUGAAAUCAGGAAGAUCCAGAAAUCAGAAAGGUUCAAGAGGAAAACUGAAGCAACUCGAGGUAGAAGAGCUCCUUUCAAUCACAAUCACUCGGGUGUCUCAUAUGGUGGUCGUGGUGGUCGUGGACGUGGAUCCGGUCGCCGCGGUGGUAAAAGGAAGCCAGUGGCCACAAGGGAGCUCAGAGUAGCCAACGCAGAGAGGAAGAACCAAGCGGAGAAAGCCAGAGCAAGCUUGGAUCGGAAGAAAAAGAAAGUUUCAAUGGGGAAGGACGCGUUUACAAGAUAUUCUCACGAUCCAGACUAUCGGUAUCUCCACGAACGCGUCUCUGAUCUAUUCGCAAAUCAACUAAAGAGAGAUCUUGAGUUUUUGACAUCCGACCAAACAAACAAAAUCUCUCUUGCUGCUAAAUGGUGUCCAUCGCUUGAUUCUUCGUUUGACAAAGCAACUCUUCUCUGCGAGAGCAUUGCUAGGAAGAUCUUUCCUCGAGAAUCAUUCCCUGAAUACGAAGGCGUUGACGAAGCUCACUAUGCGUACAGAGUUCGUGAUCGUCUAAGGAAACAAGUUCUUGUUCCUCUGCGGAAAACUCUGCAACUACCUGAAGUAUACAUGGGAGCGAGAAACUGGGAUACUCUUCCGUACAACCGUGUAGCAUCAGUGGCAAUGAAGACGUACAAGGAUAUAUUCAUGAAUCACGACGCAGAGAGGUUUCAGCAAUACCUUGACGAUGCAAAGACGGGGAAAACCAAGGUAGCUGCUGGUGCUGUGUUACCUCACGAGAUAAUCAGAGAUUUAGACGGUGGAGACGGUGGACAAGUAGCUGAGCUGCAAUGGAAACGAACGGUGGAUGAUCUGAAAGAGAAAGGUUCUUUGAGGAAUUGUAUAGCUAUAUGUGACGUUUCAGGGUCUAUGGAUGGUGAUCCAAUGGAGGUUUCAGUCGCUUUGGGUCUGCUAGUCUCUGAGUUAUCUGAAGAGCCAUGGAGAGGUAAGCUUAUAACUUUCAGCGGAAACCCGGAGAUGCAUUUGGUGGAAGGAGACGACUUGAGAUCAAAAUCAGAGUUUGUGAGGAAUAUGCAAUGGGGAAUGAACACUGAUUUUCAGAAAGUGUUUGACUUGAUUCUGAGAGUUGCGGUAGAAGGGAAUCUGAAACCGGAAGAGAUGAUCAAGAGGGUGUUUGUGUUCAGUGACAUGGAGUUUGAUCAAGCGUCGUCUUCGUCUUCGAGCCAUGCAUAUGGAAGGCAGUCUAGGAGUAAUGGAUGGGAAACUGAUUAUGAUGUAAUUGUGAGGAAGUAUAGACAGAAUGGCUAUGGAGAAGUUGUGCCGGAUAUAGUGUUUUGGAACUUGAGGGAUUCGAGAGCAACGCCGGUGCCGGGAAACAAGAAAGGAGUGGCUUUGGUAAGUGGGUUUUCGAAGAAUUUGAUGAAAAUGUUUUUGGAGCAUGAUGGAGAGAUUGAUCCUAUGAUGAUGAUGGAGGCUGCUAUUUCUAAAGAUGAGUAUAAGUCGCUUGUUAUAGUUGAUUAAAAACUUAUGAUUUGGGCUUUGGUUUUGUAUUCCUAGUUUUGAUUCUGAAUCCGUAGCUGUUUGGGUACAGAGUUGGUCUGCUAAAACAAGUUGCUGGUUCAAGUGUUGGUUUCGUCUUCUUAGAUCUGGUUUUUAUCUGACGAAUCUGCGGUAAUUUCUCUUGGUUGUUGGCUGCUCGUGUGGGUCAAGAUCAGGUUCUGGUUCAGUAGCUGUUUGGUUACAGAGUUGGUCUGCUAAAACAAGUUGCUGGUUCAAGUGUUGAUUU